AUGCUCCUCGAAUUCCUCCAGGGUUCUUCGACGAUGGACUUCGAGAGGCUAAUGGAAACUGAGCCAGAUACCCAAUCCCGAUCCCACUCUCUCAGCUGGACUCGAAACCUAGUAUCUGGUAUACUACGCAAACGAGAUGGAUCGGACAUCCAGUCGCAAGAGGUUCCUUACACAGCGGGCAAGCCUAGGAACUAUCACGCAAGAGGGAAGCCAGCUGUUAGCUCAUCUCGACCUCUCAAUAGUCAUACCACGCAGCAGCCCAACGCAGCAACCCAGAGCACGCCGCCAUCAUCACAGCAAUCACCUCCCACUGCUACUCCUCCGACACUUUCCGCUGCUGCAAGUACCCUGGGAAUAAUGGAAGCACCCUCGCGUCCUAAUGUCACCAUAAGAGAUUCUGGUUGGCGCACUCGUCUCAUGCUCUGGGUUUGUUACUCGUUUCUUGCUCUGGAUCUGCUGCCCUGCAGCACCCUUGAUUGGACACAUACUCUGCUUGCAGUCCAUGUGACCCGUCAGCAGCACAAGUCCAUAACAUUUUCACAAGCGUUGGCUUUAGUUUCUAACCAGUGCAAGACGAUUCAACCUGCUCGUACCUCUCAACUGGGGCCUGAGGUUAUACAAAGCACCGUGCCACGGCUACGACACGUCACGGGCUGGAAGAAAUCCAGCGAGCAUAUUCAACUUGAAGUUGAUCUGAAAGUCACUGCGACCGCAAUAUUUCUUGGCCUGUGCCCUCUAUGCAAUAUCUUUCACCCAGGAUUUGCGCGUUUUAUGAUGGCCUAG